AUGUUUUUAUCGAGAAAAGCAUUUCAAUUUGUGGGUGUUUCUACAUCUUCAAAUCUUAAACAAUACCCAAAUAUAUUAGUACCUAUAAGUAAUCAUUAUAAUGAAUCAUUAUCAUUAUCAUUAUCAUAUUCAUAUUCAACAACUACAUCUUCAUCAUCAACAUCAAAAGUAGUUAGAUCAAGUAAAGGAGUAAAAGUAAAACCAUCAAUAUCAAUUGCAAGAAAAAGACUGAUAAAAUUAAGUUCAGUUAAAAAUGCGUUGAAUAAAAAGAAUGAAAAAUCAGAGGAUGGUAGUGUCGAACCAUUGUCAGCUGAUAACAUAAAGACAACGAAAGUAGAGAAACCGAAAUUAAUAUUGACCACCACCACCGGCGAAGAAGAUGUAAAACCAAAGAUAAAGAAAGAAACUCUGGCACAAAAGAUAGAGCGACUCGAACGUGAAAUAGAUGAAGAAAUGAAACAUCGAAAGAAAGGUGUCAAACCAAGUCAGACUCCUCAUGGUGAGGAUCCAGAGGAGAGAGUAGAUGUUCCCAUUGGUGAGGAGGACAAGUCGGAUAUCGACCGUGAAAUGCGAAGAAAGUUUUGGGCUGCACAGAUGACUAUGCGUGAAUCUCUCAAGAAGGACGGUGGUGAAUAUCUCUUUGAGGAAAAGGAUUACAAUGACACUGAAAUUGGAUACAACGAGCUCGGAAAGAAGUUGAUGUCUUCGAAGGAGCGAGAACGUGCAAGGCUGAUAGCGGAGCGACAACAACGACAAUUGGAUAUCUUGGCAAAGCGAGCACAAUCACCUGAGAAAUAUUCAAAUCUACCGACACCCGAUGAAUAUGAAGAUGGAGAAGAUGCUGCUGUUGCCGAUGGAGAUGACGAUCUACUCGAGGAUAUCGACUAUGACGAUGGAUUGCCAGAUAUGACUAGAAUCGAAGUGGAAUCGAAUAUACCACCCAAUCAAGAGUUGAUCGAAGAGUUUAUGGAACGACAGAAACAAGAUCUCAUCAAACGAGCAGAAGACAAUGCAGAGGAUGAAUUUGAAAAGAAAAGAAAGUUGAAAAGAAUUGAAUUUAUGGCAAACAAGUUGGCGUUGAAAGAGAAACAGAGAUUGGAACGUUUGGCAAGACUUGGUAUUGUUAACGAUAAUAUAGUUGAAAUCGAACCAGAGUUAUUCAAGAGAUUCCAAGCUGGUGAAAUAACAGAGGAUGAAAUGAAGGAAAUCAGUAAGAAACAAAUGGAACAAGAAGAAGAGCAAGGAGAAGAUGGUGAGGAUGGUGAAGAAGCUGAUGAGGAAGAUGAUGGAGAGCGUAGUAAGUCUCGAGAUUAUCAAUUUUUGAAACAUUGGAAAAUUGGAUCGAUUGAAAUACCACCACUUUUGAAGCGUAAGAUUGCUCAAUCUUUGAAAGGAAACUCAACACAACAACUGCGAUUGGAUGCACAGGAACUAUCAGAGAAUCUCAGAGAGAGAACUCGUUCCAAGAUUAUCGAUAAGCAUACACCAUUCAAGGUGGCACCAGAGGAGAAACCGGUGAUUACCUAUGGUAAGGGUCAGGCUUUGGCAUAUAUUGCUCAUCGUAUGCCAGGUGUCUACGCGUGUACACACAGAGUAUUCCAAGAGGUUGCCACUCGUCUGCCUAAUUUCAAACCAGAGACAAUGCUUGACUAUGGUAGUGGUCCGGGAACUGUCAUUUGGUCGGCAAGAGAGACUUGGCCGUCGUUGAAAUCGAUACGUGCGAUCGAACCAUCGGGAUUCAUGAUUGACACUGCCAAGAAGAUGUUGGAGGGUUCCACCAACGGUAUCGUUUGGUCGCAGCUAGUCAGUCCACCAACUACACAAGCCUACCAAAGUGAUAUUGUCGUUGCCAGUUAUGUGUUGAGUGAACUUCCAGAUGAAGCAACGCGUGAAAAGGUGGUAACCGAACUCUGGAAGAAUGUUAAACCAUCGGGUAUUCUGGUGUUGGUCGAACCCGGAACACCAAUUGGAUUCAGUUUGAUCCGAUCGAUGCGACAGUUGCUGUUGGAUCUACCGGCAGAGCCAGUGACCAUUCACAAACAAAACUAUGCACAAGUACUAUCGCCCUGUCCACACUCUGGCCGUUGUCCAAUGGGACAUAACUCAUGGUGUCACUUCUCACAACGUGUAGUACGUCCACUCUUCCAAAAGCUGGCAAAAGGACCGAGAUCCACUGUUUCAUUCGAAGAUGAAAAGUAUUCCUACAUUGUAAUGUCAAAGAUGGUGCGAUCUACCAUUCCCAACCAACUGGAGAAACAACAUGAAAUCUAUGGUGAAGAAGAAGAACAACCAAAGAAGCUGUGGUCUCGUAUCAACGCACCUCCAUUUAAACGUGGUGGUCAUGUAACAAUGGAUGUUUGUUCACCUGAAGGUGAUUUAAAACGUGUUACAAUUGCAAAAUCACAUGGUAAACAAUUAUAUAAAGAAGCAAGAAAAUCAUUUUGGAGUGAUUCUUUGAUUAUCAAUGAAUCAAAGGUGAAUUGGAUCCAGUCUAGAACACAAAUAGUAGAGACAACAGAGCAAUUAGAGGCAGAACAAUUGGCAAUGAAAGAGAAGAUUAAGAAUUUGAAAUCGAUUACCUUUAAGAAUAGCGAUGCUCAAAAGGAAAUCAACAAGGUCAUUGCAGAGAUUGAGAGUAAACCAAGCGAGAAGAAGAAGCAGCAGUUGGAAGAAGCCUCGAAAGUAAAGAAGACUGGUAAAGACAACGAUUGGAUGAACGAUCUCGGUAAUGACGAUAGAAAGAUGUUGGAACGUUUAGUUAAGGAAGGUAAAUUCUCUAGCAGUGGAAAAGGAUUGUUUGGUGGUGAAGAAGACGACGCUGCAUCAGAGUCGCCAAAGCUGCAUCAAGACUACCGUGAGAUGAGUAAAGAUGAAUCGAUUCAGUUUGUUGACGAUGCCAAGAACCAACAGGAUCAACAACAGCUUUUGAAUCCUACUCUCGAUCUAGAUGAUGUAACGGUAUUCAGAGACAGUUCCAAAGCAAGAAAAGCAAUGAGAUCUAAGCUACUCGAUGAUAUCGAUAUCUUUACAACACAGAACCUACAACCAGAGCAACUCGAGGAAAUGAAUCAAUUCAAACAAUCAAAGUCAAAGAAAGCUAAGCAACCAAAGAAAGGAACAAUGGAGGCAUUUUUAUUGGAGGAGGAACAGAACAACGAAACCAAUACGAUCGACGAUCUCGAAUCACAGAUACUCGAAAAACAAAGAAAACAACAACUACAAAUGACUUCGAUGGUUGAAGGUGUUUAUGGAAUGGGAUUGAACACAAAGAACAAUCGUAAUCAAAAGAAAGUAAAUACCAGUACUCUUUCAAUUAAAAAGAAAUAA